AUGACGGUCCCCUACAUGCGGCAGGUGGCCACGGCCAACACAUGGGCGUUUAUAAAACUCAUCUUCCGUUGGCGCGGCUCGGUGUGGAAGCUCGUCAUCUGGGAGCUGAUCAUAUGGCUGUACAUCUACUACCUCAUCUCAUUCACUUAUCGGUUCGCCAUCGUGCAUUCGCAGUUUGAGGACGUCUUCAUUCGCACCGUGCGUCACAUCGACGCCCUGCAGACGACGUACGGGACUGCAGUGACGUUCGUGCUCGGCUUCUACGUCUCGGAGGUGGCCAAACGUUGGUGGAAAGUGUGGAUGGAGAUCCCGUGGCCGGAUACGGGCAAAGCUGAAGACCGGAUGACGCGCUGCACAGUGGUCCGAUACUUGGUGCUGUCUUAUGUGCUCGUGUUCCGCGACAUUAACGAGCGCAUCCGGAAGCGGUUCCCGACACUCGUCCACUUGACGCCCCAUCUGCUGACGGACGAGGAGCUGAAGAUGAUCCUGAAGGAGGACCCGAACUUGCGCUGCUGGAUGCCGUUCGAAUGGCUGUUUAUCAUCAUCAAGAAGGCGUACGAACGCGAACAGAUCGACACCGAGCACCAUAAUUUGAUGGUCGAGAAAGUGCUCGACUUUCGUCAGCGCCUCCAGAAUCUGCAGCAAUUCGACUAUGUCAAUUUGCCGUUGGUGUAUUCACAGGUGGUGAACGUCUCGGUCUACCUCUACUUCUGCAUGGCCCUCUUCGCCAAGCAGUACCUCGGUCGGGCAGGCAGUCCCGACGACCGCGAGGUGUUGUACAGCGUCGACUACGCGAUUCCGUUCUUUGCCGUCGUCGAGUUCAUCAUCUACUGCGGGUGGUUGAAGGUGGCCCAGGUGAUGCUGAACCCGUUCGGGCUCGACGACGAUGAUUUUGACAUUGACAUGAUGGUGGACCGGAAUUUGAAGGUCGGCCUCUCCAUGGUAGACGACUACUACGACAAGUGCCCACCUCUCGUCGAGCUCAAAGUCACCUCGCUACCCCAUACCCUUGCUUCGGCUCAGGAUAUCCAGCGCUGCGCCCCGAUGCAGGGCUCCGUCGCCCAGGUGGCCGUACCGAAGCGGUUGCAGAAGAUUGUCGAGCCGGCUGUCAUCCACGGGUACAAGAUGAGGGACAACUCGCCGCCGCCCACCCCGGAGGUCAAACUCGACACACAUCUCGGCCCGAAAAAGGACAAGCAGGCAGCCGCCGUCGCCCAGCCCUCGGCCGAGCUGACGCAGGGCAGCGAGUACGACAAGACGGAGAUUGAUCUCCUUGCCCACGACGAGAAAAAGCAGUCGGCCGACAAGGUGGAGAUGAGCAAGGCCACGGCCAUUUCGAUGGGCCACGCCCCGGCGGCCGCCGAAUCCGUCGCCAACACCCAAGUGUUGCACCCGACGCCCGCACAGUCGGCAGGACGCCGGAAGAGCCGCGAGCCCCGCGCCGCUGAGAAGCCGGAGCGGCCACCGUCGCGUCCCCCCUCGCGCCCGAAUUCGCGCUCUGAAAAGCACAGCAUCCUCGAGAAGACUCAACCGAUGAGCGGGCACGGCCCGUCUCCCAAGACUACGAGGGCCGACGCCCCGAAACCGCCCAAAGAG